CUGUCGGACCUCAGGUAUAGCUUACCCUCCCUUUCAGGCCGAUUAAACUUGGUUGAUUUGGCUGGAUCUGAAAGAGUUUCGCAGACGAACGCCACUGGUCAGUUGCUCAAAGAAGCACAGGCCAUUAACAAAUCCCUGUCCGAGUUGGGUAAUGUCGUGUUGGCACUUCGACAAAAUCAGAAACACAUUCCAUUCCGAAACUGCCAACUCACGAGGAUUCUUGAGGAUAGUCUAAAUGGCGAUAGCAAGACACUGGUCAUCGUCCACCUGUCACCCGAUGCAGUUCAUUGCAACGAAAGUGCGAGCAGCAUGAGCUUUGCCGAGAAAAUC